AACGUAAAAAUCCAUUUGCAGACCCAAAUCAUUGAUCAUCACUGAAAUCUCUCUUUCUCUCUCUUUGCAUUUGUUUCGUUUAUGCUCGAUCUCUCUCUCUCUCUCUACCGAUUUCCCCCUCUGCCUCUGGAUCGCUUCCUCUGAUGACUCUCGGCUCCUCGCGAAGCAUGGCCAACUUUUCCUCCAUAGCUUCCAAUCAAAUUCGCUUCCUCCUCAACUCCUUCAACCAACUCAACUUUGACUCCGUUUUCCACCAACUCUCUCAGUUUACUGAAUUUGGAACGGUUGGAUGCAUUUUGUUGCUUCGAACUUGCCUGGAUCACUUUAGUUAUGGCAGACGAGAUACCAAAGAUAUGCAACACGAGCCAAUUCUUGCGGCAGUUGUCAAGUUCCUCUUGAACAAACCAAACUUCAGUACAGUGAUUUCUGAGUCAAUGAAGAAUGUAGUAGUUAAUGAAAGCUUUUUAGGAAGCUUUUGUAAUGGAUUGCAGUUAUCUUUAUCGGAAAAGAUUGCCAUCAGUCUGGCUUUAUCUGAUUCUGAAAAUCCUGAUGCCAGGCUAUGCGGCAAGAAUUUUUGCAUGACUCAGAUUGAAGAAUUGCAUGCCAAUCCUGGUUCUUUGAGUUGCCAUGAGCAAAUUCACAGUGUUAUCAUGUUCCUCAAGCAGUCUGAGGGUCUUUCCGAGCAUGUAGAUUCCUUCAUGCAGAUAUUAUCGCUGGUGCAGGUCAAGGACACCCCACCUUUUGUUUUGACCCCUUUACUACCUGAUGAGAUGCAUGGGGCUAAAUUUUUAAAGUGGAAUACGGAGUUCUUCCAUGACCGUGAAGAAGAUGAUUUUGAUGCUAUUUUGGCAGACAUACAGAAGGAAAUAAACAUGGGAGAUAUGGUGAAGGAACUAGGCUAUGGAUGCACAGUUGAUGUCUCACAGUGCAAGGAAAUAUUGUCACUCUUCUUACCUUUAACGGAUAAUAUGCUCUCAAAGUUACUUGGUGCUAUUGCACGCACCCAUGCUGGGCUAGAGGAUAACCAGAGCACAUUCUUAACUUUCGGCGCAACCCUUGGGUACAACAACUUGACUGAGUUACCACCACUGAACUCUUGGAAUAUUGAUGUUUUGAUAGAUACGGUCAAUAGUCUUUCACCACAAACCAAUUGGGUCCGGGUGUUUGAAAAUCUUGAUCAUGAAGGAUUUUACCUUCCUAGUGAAGAAGCAUUCUCUUUUCUUAUGUCUGUGUAUAAGCAUGCCUGUAAGGAGCCAUUUCCGCUCCAGGCCAUCUGUGGGUCUGUUUGGAAGAAUACUGAGGGUCAGCUAUCUUUCCUUAAAUAUGCUGUAUCAGCACCACCAGAAAUGUUUACUUUUGCACACUCUGCAAGGCAACUGGCAUAUGCUGAUGCGAUUAAUGGGCACAAACUUCAAAAUGGACACGCAAAUCAUGCAUGGCUGUGUCUUGACCUUUUGGAUGUCCUCUGCCAGCUAGCUGAGAAGGGUCAUGCCAGUGUUGUUUGGUCCAUCCUUGAUUAUCCCCUUACUCACUGUCCAGAAAUCUUGCUGCUUGGAAUGGCACAUGUUAAUACUACUUACAACCUCUUCCAGCGAGAAGUAUCUCUAACUGUUUUCCCCAUGAUAGUAAAAAGUGACGUCGGCAGUGGAAUGAUUCUGCACCUUUGGCACAUUAAUCCCAAUCUUGUCCUGCGAGGCUUUAUGGAUUCUCAAAACGAUGAUGUAGAAAGCAUUACGAGAAUUGUGGACAUCUGCCAAGAGCUUAAGAUUCUAUCACCAGUGGUGGAAAUUAUUCCCUCUUAUUAUAGUAUAAGGUUAGCAGCUGUUGCUUCAAGGAAAGAAAUUAUUGACCUUGAGAAGUGGUUGAGUAACAACUUAAUUACGUACAAGGAUGCCUUCUUUGAGGAGUGCCUUAAGUUCUUGAAGGAAGUCCAAGCUGGCAGAUCACAAAAUCUAUCCGGCCAAUCUCUUCGUCAGCCCGGUGGUGUUCUGAAUCUCUGUACUGAGACAACUGCUACCUUCUUAAAGGUUCUCAAAUCUCAUACUGACCUGGUUACCUCCCGACUACUUUCUGAGGAGCUGGAGAAGUUGCAUAUAUCUAUUACAGAUUCAAAUCAAAGACUUCAAAAUAGCGGGACUACUGAUUCAUCUGCUUCUAGUGGCUAUCCCAAAGAUGUUGAAAUAGAAGCAAGCUUUGACUUCCAGGAGAUGUUUCAUGAUAGGUUACCUGUCACUACUGUGGUGCAAAAGCUUGUCCAAUACAAGGAAUCUUCUGUUAAGAGGGAGAAAAUGGUUUUUGAAUGCAUGAUUGCAAACUUGUUUGAGGAGUAUAAGUUUUUCCCGAAGUAUCCUGAAAUGCAACUCAAAAUUGCUGCACUUCUCUUUGGUUCUUUCAUCAAACAUCAGCUUGUGACUCAUCUCUCUCUUGGGAUAGCUCUACGUUAUGUUCUUGAUGCAUUGCGCAAGCCUGCAGAUUCUAAAAUGUUUUUGUUUGGAAGUUUGGCGUUGGAGCAGUUUGUGGAUCGUCUUAUUGAGUGGCCCCAGUACUGCAAUCACAUUCUGCAAAUUUCCCAUUUGGGCAGCACACAUUCAGAAAUAGUUGCUUUCAUCGAACAGGCUCUCGCUAGGAUUUCCUCUGGUCGUACAGAUGUAGAAGGGAUGGGCCAUGCUUCCGUUAUCAGUAGCCAUACUUCUGCACCGGCUACAUUAGGUCAUUUAGAGCAGCUCAGUGGCUCUACUGGACAGCAGCAUUUGUCACUGCAGCAGAGGCGUGAAAAUCCUUUGGAUGAUCGUCACAAGACCUCUGUUGGUUCAUCCACUGAUAUGAAACCACCAUUGGCUUCUCUAGGGCAAUCUCCAGUGAUUACACAGGCUGAUGCUUCUACUGCCAAUAAGUUACAUAGCACAGUCAGUGCCUCAUCAAUGUUAUCUUCUUCUCCUGGUUUUGUCCGUCCUUCCCGGGGAGCUACUUCUACGAGGUUUGGAUCUGCCCUGAACAUUGAAACUUUGGUUGCUGCUGCUGAGAAAAGAGAAACUCCUAUUGAGGCUCCGGGGUCAGAGGUUCAGGAUAAGAUAUCAUUUAUAAUUAAUAAUAUCUCUUCUACUAAUAUUGAAGCCAAAGCAAAGGAGUUAACUGAAAUUUUGAAAGAGCAGUACUAUCCAUGGUUUGCACAGUAUAUGGUUAUGAAAAGAGCUAGCAUUGAGCCAAAUUUCCAUGACCUGUACCUGAAAUUCCUUGACAAAGUUAAUUCAAAGGCCUUGAACAAAGAGAUUGUCCAGGCAACAUAUGAAAAUUGCAAGGUUCUUUUAGGAUCAGAACUCAUAAAGUCAAGUGCAGAAGAGCGCUCUUUGCUUAAAAAUCUUGGGAGCUGGCUUGGAAAGCUGACAAUUGGACGGAAUCAGGUUCUGAGGGCUCGUGAAAUAGAUCCAAAAUCUUUGAUUAUAGAGGCAUAUGAGAAGGGGCUGAUGAUUGCUGUUAUUCCAUUUACUUCAAAGGUCCUUGAACCAUGUCAAAGCAGUCUUGCAUAUCAACCCCCUAAUCCUUGGACAAUGGGCAUUUUAGGGUUGCUUGCUGAGAUUUAUUCAAUGCCAAACUUGAAAAUGAACCUCAAGUUUGACAUAGAGGUUUUAUACAAAAAUCUUGUCGUAGAUAUGAAGGAUGUCACACCAACUUCUCUCCUGAAGGAUCGUACAAGAGAAAUUGAAGGGAAUCCUGAUUUCUCAAAUAAAGAUGUUGGGGCAUCCCAAUCACAAAUGAUUUCUGAUAUAAAAUCUGGCCUUGUUCCUCCAGUAAAUCAAGUAGAGCUACCACUUGAAGUCACAAAUCCAUCCAAUAGUGGGGCACAUCCACAUAUCCUGUCUCAGUAUGGUUCUCUUCAUCUUUCUGCGGGAACAUUGAUGGAAGAUGAGAAAGUGACACCGCUGGGCUUGUCCGAUCAACUGCCUUCUGCUCAAGGACUGCUACAAGCAAAUACUACCCCAGCACCUUUCCAGCUCCCAACGCAGAUACAUAAUAUUGGAACUCAUGUUAUUAUUAAUCCAAAGCUCAGUGGUUUUGGUUUACAGAUACAUUUUCAAAGAGCGGUACCCAUUGCAAUGGACAGAGCCAUCAAAGAUAUAGUGUCCAGUAUUGUGCAGCGUAGCGUUUCUAUAGCAACCCAAACCACAAAAGAACUUGUUUUAAAGGAUUAUGCUAUGGAAUCAGAAGAGAAACGUAUUAAAAAUGCUGCACACUUGAUGGUUGCUAGUCUGGCUGGGAGUUUGGCUCAUGUGACUUGCAAAGAACCUUUACGGGCAUCGAUAUCAAAAGAACUGAGGACAUCACUUCAGAGUUUAAAUAUUUCAAGUGAUAUUUUGGAACAGGCUGUGCAACUUGUCACCAAUGAUAAUCUGGAUCUCGGCUGUGCGGUAAUUGAACAUGCCGCUACCGACAAGGCAAUAAACACCAUCGAUACAGAGAUUAGUCAUCAACUUUCUUUGAGAAAGAAGCAUCGAGAAGGUAUGGGUUCUACGUUUUUUGAUGCAAACUUGUAUCCACAAGGUUCAAUGGGUGGUGUUCCAGAGCCCCUCCGCCCCAAACCUGGUCAGUUGUCCCUGUCACAACAGCGUGUCUAUGAGGACUUUGUUCGGCUUCCCUGGCAAAACCUGUCUAACCAGGCCUCACAUUCAAUGUCUGCUGGUGUUGCUGUUCAACCUGCUAAUAGUGGUCUCACUGGCACCAAUGGUCCUGUAUCUGGACAGAUAAACCCUGGUUACUCCCUAAACACAGGAUAUGAUGGGGUCGCUCGACCUAUGGAUGAUAUCCCAGAAUCUAAUUUUGCUCCACAUUUUAGUGCUUCCUCAAUUAACGUUAGAGCAGCUGACAAUGUUUCCCAACAUAGUAUCGAGAAAGACUCGGUUGCCUCAUUCCCUUCAACUGCUUCCACCCCUGAGUUGCACACAGUGGAUUCUGCAGAUGCUGUGAAAGAAUCUGGAGCUUCUUCACAGCCACUGGUUUCGUCAGGUGCUGUGGAGCGCAUGGGAAGUAGCUUCUUGGAACCGUCUCUCACUACAAGGGAUGCUCUGGAUAAAUACCAAAUUGUUGCACAAAAGUUGGAAGCCUUGGUCAAUAAUGAUUCGAGGGAAGCAGAAAUACAGGGUGUCAUUUCUGAGGUACCUGAGAUCAUACUCAGAUGUGUUAGUCGAGAUGAGGCAGCUUUAGCUGUGGCUCAAAAGGUUUUCAAGGGUUUAUAUGACAAUGCUUCAAACAACGUUCAUGUCUGUACUUAUCUUGCAAUCCUGACUGCUAUUCGUGAUGUUUGCAAGCUUGCUGUGAAAGAGCUUACUAGUUGGGUAAUAUACUCAGAAGAAGAAAGGAAAUAUAAUAAAGAUAUUACUGUUGGUCUCAUCCGCAGUGAACUGCUAAAUCUAACCGAGUAUAAUGUUCAUAUGGCUAAACUUAUUGACGGGGGAAGAAACAAGGCUGCUACGGAGUUUUCAAUCUCUCUUCUUCAAACCCUGGUCGUCGAGGAGCCAAAAGUUAUUUCAGAACUUCACAAUCUUAUUGAUGCUUUGGCAAAGCUUGCUACAAAGCCUGGAUACCCUGAAUCGUUACAACUACUUAUUGAUAUGAUCAAGAAUCCUGCUGCUCUAUCUGCUAGUAAUGCUGGAAAGGAGGAUAAGGCGAGGCAAUCUAGAGACAAUAAGGGUCCUGGUCUGCUUGUUGCAAACAAGGAAGAGUUGAACAUUGUAGAAUCUGCUGAACCUGAUCCUGCUGGAUUCCGUGAGCAGGUGUCCAUGUUGUUUGCUGAAUGGUAUAGGAUAUGUGAACUUCCCGGUGCCAGUGAUACAGCUUCUACCCACUUCGUCGUACAAUUGCAUCAGAGUGGUUUGCUUAAGGGGGAUGACAUGACAGACCGUUUUUUCCGCCUGUUGAUGGAAAUUGCAGUUGCACAUUGCUUAUCCACUGAGGUUAUUAAUUCAGGGGCACUGCAAUCUUCCCAGCAGAUGCCGUCAAUGUCCUUUCUUGCAAUUGAUAUUUAUGCGAAGCUUGUCUUCUCUAUCUUGAAGUUUGUUGGGUUUUUGGGACAGGGAUCAAGCAAGCUCUUUCUUCUCACCAAGAUUCUGGGAGUUACUGUUAGAUUCAUUAUAAAAGACGCAGAGGAGAAGAAGGUUUCUUUUAAUCCAAGACCAUUUUUCAGAUUGUUCAUCAACUGGCUUCUAGAUCUUGGUUCACUUGAGCCUGUUACUGAUGGUGCAAAUCUCCAGAUUUUGAAUAAUUUUGCCACUGCAUUGCAUUCUCUACAGCCACUCAAAGUUCCUGGUUUCAGUUUUGCCUGGCUGGAGUUGGUUAGUCAUAGGAGCUUCAUGCCAAAAAUGCUGACUGGUAAUGGUCAAAAAGGUUGGCCUUAUAUCCAAAGGUUGCUUGUAGAUUUGUUCCAAUUUAUGGAGCCUUUUCUGAGGCAUGCCGAACUAGGAGAUCCGGUUCGUGUUCUCUAUAAAGGCACACUUAGGGUGCUCUUAGUGCUACUUCACGACUUCCCAGAGUUCCUAUGUGACUAUCACUUUACCUUCUGUGACGUUAUUCCUCCAAGUUGCAUACAGAUGCGAAAUAUUAUUCUAAGUGCAUUUCCUCGUAGUAUGAGGCUGCCAGAUCCUUCAACUCCGAAUUUGAAGAUUGAUUUGCUGCAAGAAAUAACUCAAUCCCCUCGUAUUCUUUCUGAGGUUGAUGCAGCACUCAAAGCAAAGCAGAUGAAGGCUGACGUAGAUGAAUACCUUAAGACAAGGCAACAGAGUUCUCCAUUUUUAUCUGAACUAAAGGAGAAGCUACUUCUCUCACCCAAUGAAGCUGCCUCUGCUGGCACUCGUUACAAUGUGCCAUUAAUCAACUCCCUUGUACUGUAUGUUGGAAUGCAGGCAAUCCAGCAGCUCCAGGGACGAACUCCCCAUGCACAAUCAGCAGCAAAUGCAUUCACGUUGGCUGUAUUUUCUGUUGGUGCUGCUUUGGAUAUUUUCCAGACACUAAUUGUUGACUUGGACACGGAAGGGCGCUACCUCUUCCUAAAUGCUGUUGCUAACCAACUACGAUAUCCCAAUACUCACACACACUACUUUUCCUUCAUCCUCCUUUACUUGUUUGCAGAAUCAAACCAGGAAAUUAUCCAAGAACAAAUUACUAGAGUCUUGCUAGAACGCCUAAUAGUAAAUCGACCUCAUCCCUGGGGCCUCCUCAUUACUUUCAUUGAGCUUAUCAAGAAUCUAAGGUAUAAUUUCUGGAACCGGUCUUUCAUACGAUGUGCACCAGAGAUCGAAAAACUUUUUGAAUCAGUGUCAAGAUCUUGUGGAGGUCCAAAGCCAGUGGAUGAGAGUAUGGUCUCGGGUUGGGUAUGACUGUUCACGAAGUCAGUCUUUCUUGUUAAUUUUGUUUAGGCUAGCUAUCUCAUUACUAACCAUUUUAGAUGGGUCUAUUGACGCACUGUCCAUGAUCCAACGUAUGUUUGUAUAUUUCUCAUUGUAAAUGAUAUAUUUUCUAUAAAGUUAUCUACUUUCUGAA